CCGGGAGUGAAAGAAAAAAAAAAAGUUUUGGUCGACUUAGCACACUUCAACUGUAGGGUCAAGCACACCUUGACUGAAACAGUUGCUUAGAUCUAGACUAACUUUUCAUUCAACUGAUUCACGGAUACUUUUUUUUUUUUUUUAACUUUUUUCACUUGAUCUAAUGGACAAUAAAUCUAGAUCUGUGUGUUUUUGAGUUUGGAUCUACUUCAUACAAGUUUGCGAAACUUUUUCUGCGAUAGAAAUUAGAUCUAGAAUCAUUAUUUUUCUAGUCUAGGACUUCGGACUAGACUCUAUAGCCCGUAAAGGUCAAAGUGAAAUUUCAAAUGGCUGUGCAUGUGCAAUGAUGGCCUUCGAGUAGAUCUAAUCUAGGACUAGUGUACUGCUGAUCAACACAAAUUAUAAGUAGGCUACGCCAUUUCUUUUCUUCGUGAGAAUACAUGGAUAAUAAAGUGAUGUGUUUGUUGUCGACAGUUUUUGUCUGGAUUUACUAAAGCCAAUCGAUGCUAGAUCUAGAUCCUAGCUGCAACAACAUGACUGGAUUACUGUUUUUACUGAUCCUGACAUGCUUGGGUGCCUCAGGGAUGUCAACAAUACAAUCAGAUGCCCUCAGUGACCCAGUUGUAACAGCACCUGUUGAUCCACAGCUUGGUCAGUUAGUGAAUAAUGUUGAACUGGACGAAUCACUAUCAGUGGAUUACAAGGCGGAGACGAUAAGUACAAUGCUGACGCCACAAAUCAUGUCACCAGAGUCAGAAGUCAUCCUGAACGCUAAUGACACCUGGAAUGUCACUUGUAUCGGCAGUAAACAUCUUGUUUGGACAUGGGAGAUAGGAGAUGCAGACCCAGUGAUCAGUACAGUUACAUUUGAGGAAACUCUUGUCAACAGAACUGAUACAAUGCACUUGUACCAGUCAACACUUAGCAUCCAAAAUGCCCAGUGGUAUGACACUAAAUAUUACACUUGCAAGUACAUAGAACAUUCAGUGGACUCAGACCCAAUGAAAGAAAGUGAGCCAUCUGAAAGGUCAGAGAUAUCUGAAGAUUGCAGUGCUCGGCAAAACAAGAGUUCACAAGCACCAACACAGAACAAAGCAAAAACAGCAGAGGCCAAAAUUUUUGUCUAUGUUAAAAACGACAUUUACCCUUUCCAAAACCAGUUUUUUUAUACCAAGUUAACUUGGUACAUGCCCUUGAUUAUCCCCUGCGGAGUCACUCACCCUGAUAUCAAAGUGGAGCUCUUAGUAAAUAACAAAGAGUAUCACACUGGGAAAAGUGAGGUAGAAUUUAACCCUAAGAUUGGUUUCAUCGUCCACAUUCCAACUUGGGAUUUCUUGGAUGGUACCUACUGUAAGGCAGUUGGCUUUCCUAACAUAAAAAGGAGAAUACAUAUGCAUCUGUAUGAUAACCAUGUAGAUAGUAGGCCUCCUGUGCCUUUUAUGAGAGCGUCAAAGUACAAUUUGAAAAAGGGAGAAACCUUGACUCUAGAAUGUUCUGUUAAAGUCAAUAAAGAUACAGUUGUUAUGAUGGCCUUCAACUACCAAAAAAAAGGAAUGGACCCUCGUUUUGUUGAAUCCUUGCCCUUGCGAGAGAACUAUCUACAAUUAGAUCAGAUUAUUCACACUAUGAAUGUGACUGAUAUCCAGGUGGAAGACUCUGGUUAUUACUGCUGCAACACGACCAAAAAUUCAAAGAUCUAUGAAGUGACAUCUGUGUACAUAACAGUUUAUGAUAAACCGAUUUUAAAGUUAACGCCUGAGUACCCAGUCAUAACAACGAUGGACAAUGCUUUUGCCUCACGUAUCUCUGUCUUCAUCUUAGCAGUCCCAACACCAGUCAUCGAAUGGUAUUUUGAUGGGAAAAAAGUGGAGAAUCAACCACCUUUUCUUUAUGUAAGUCAAACUCAGGAGCAGACUAACCUACUCAUCUACUCGCCAAAAACUGAAAAUAGUGGCCUGUAUUUUGUCAGGGGAAAGACAGUGAUGGACAACAUGACAGUGGAAACUGAAGUCAACAUCACAUUGAUUGUAUUUGGAAAACCCAAUGUGGCAAUCAAGGCCGUGUCAAACAAUGAAAAACACCAACAGAAUUUUGUCACAUUUAAAAAAGACAGUUUGAUGAAGAUAUUUUGUAAGGUCAAAGGUCAUCCAGAGAGUAAUUUUCUGUGGUACUUUCAGCCAUGUAAGCCACCAAGGUGUUCGGUAAAUGAGAGCAGCUGGGAGGAAGUGAACUUUGACACUUAUGGAGCAUCCAUCAAAAACUAUGGAGAGCAUAUACAUGAGCUUUUGAUUUAUGCUAAGACUACGGGCUACUAUAAAUGCUUUGCUGAAAAUAAAUAUGGCAACUCCAGUGCUGUCUUAUUAACAGUUGUUACAGAUGAACGAGGUUCCCUGUCAGUAACAGACAAUGCUACUCGGCAACUCGUUCCAGGAGACAGCUUGCAAGUUGUUUGUACAGCCAAUAUUUGGUUAUAUAGUUCUGUAAAUUUUAUCCAUGGCCUGAGCAAGUCCAACAAAUUUGGUGGAGGGUUGAGUAACCAGUCAGGACUAAACUACAACACCUCAAUCACAAGUGCUCCAAACUCUCAUGCAAACAUCACAGACAUGGACUAUGAUGGGGAUGUCCAAGAUACAACUCCAGCAGCUCAUACUGUACCGGAAGUGUUUUUUAACAGGACUGAUGAUCUAUUGGUUGUGACCAUGGUGUGGCCCACCUUGAAAGAUUCUGACGCUGGCAUGUACUUCUGUGAGGCUCUAUCCACCAUAGAAAAUGUUUCUCAUGCAGUCAAUUAUCAGCUGUCUUUACAUGCCAUCAAGAAACCUGAGAUCAGGGAGGAAACUAAGGGCUCAAGGAGGAUAAGCAUUGGUUCUAAUGCAGCAUUUCAAUGUAGCAUCACAGGCUUACCUCCCCCAACCAUCACUUGGUUCAAAGAUGGGAAGCCUCUGCUCCUUAAUGACAACCAUGCUUUAAGAGACUUUAGUCUAACAAUCAAAAAUGCCUCUAAGGAAGAUGAAGGAAGCUAUCAGUGCAUGGGAAGUAACAUUGGUGGCUCAGUCUGGAGUAGCAACAUGACUUUACAUGUUGGGGAAGUGCCACAACGUGCCAGUUUCUCGGCUACCUACAUUGGGAUUAUCACCAGCAUAGUUGUUGUCAUUGUCAUCAUAUUUAUCCUAGUCAUCAUCAAAAUCAAACGGAGUAAAGCUGGAUUUCACAAGGAACUGGAACAGUACCUCAUUCAGCCCCAAGGAAACUAUAAUCCUGAUCUUCCUAUUGAUGAACAAACUGGUUGUCUCCCUUAUGAUGCCAAAUGGGAAUUUCCCAAAGAUAGACUACGGUUAGGCAUGAUAUUGGGCCAAGGUGCUUUUGGUCGUGUCGUGAAGGCUGAGGCUAUUGGUAUUUCUAAUAGUCAGGACGUCACUGUUGUGGCUGUCAAAAUGGUGAAAGAUUGUACUGACAAAGACCAAAUGAUGGCGCUCCUGUCUGAACUGAAGAUACUUAUACAUGUUGGCCAGCACCUAAACAUUCUCAACUUGCUUGGAGCUGUGACUAAAGACAUACGUUUUGGUGAACUGUACGUCAUUGUGGAGUAUUGCCAUUUUGGCAAUCUCCGAAGCUAUCUAAUAAAGAACAGGUCACAUUUUGAGGACACGAUGGAGAAUGCCGAUGAGACGAACACAUCCAUGUUGAAAGCGAAGAUACACAAGGCAUCGGAGGGUGACAAAAAAGAUCCCUACUACGUCAACAAGGCUGGUGGACCACAGGGCAGCGCCGAUGUUUUAGGGCCCAGUCUGACCACCAAAAAUUUAUAUUGUUGGGCUUAUCAGGUGGCCAGGGGGAUGGAAUACCUAGCCUCUAAAAAAUAUAUACACCGUGAUUUGGCUGCUCGUAAUGUUCUCCUAGCUGAGGACAAUAUUGUCAAGAUCUGUGACUUUGGUUUAGCUAAGGAUUUGUACAAAGAUGCAGAGUACCACAAGAAAGGAGAUGGUCCAGUACCAGUGAAAUGGAUGGCCUUAGAAUCUUUUACGCAUAGAAUAUACACAACCAAAUCUGAUGUAUGGUCGUAUGGAGUUUUGUUGUGGGAGCUAUUCACACUAGGAGGCAACCCCUACCCUGGUGUUGAAAUCAAUGAGAAGUUUAUUGGACUCUUGAAGUCUGGUUAUCGAAUGGAGAAGCCUCAAUAUGCUAGUGAUGAACUGUACAAGGUCAUGUUGGAGACUUGGAAAGUUGACCCAGAUGAUCGACCUACAUUUUCUAAACUUGUGUCCAGUAUGGGAGAUUUUCUUGAAGCCAACGUCAAACAGUAUUAUUUGGACUUGUCCUACAUGAAGAUGGCAGGGGACGGGGAAGCUGAUGCUUCCCAAAUUGCCACUGACAGUGAUGGUUACCUCAAAAUGUCCUCUGCUCUUCCCCCUGACUACAGUAAUGAGUCUAAUGUGUCUUCAAAUGGGGCUAAAUUUACAGAGGUCAAUGAAACCAAACCAAGUCGUUACGUCAACCUUCAUCGUUGGAAGCAUGAAAAUGCUAAGAAUAUAUAUGAACUAGACCCUUUGAACAAACCAAACAAUAGACUCUCUGUCCCUGAAAUGAUGGCUCCUGGCUUUUCCCCUGAUGAUCAGGAGCCAACUUUUGUUGAAGUAAAUCAACCAGAAGACAAUGACAGUGGACAUAGCAGCAGUUAUGAUGGUACUGGGAUGGCACCUGCUGAUGUGGACAAUGAUGAUUACCUCGUUCCAAUGUCACCGUUAAGUAUGCCUCCAAAGUACACUGAGGAGGUUGACGAGGAAACUCAGGAAGAGUCUUCCUUUUCACAAGUCGAUGCAAAACCCCAGUUUCUUCAAUCAAGACUACCCCAGCUUCGUAAACCACCUAGCUCCGAUGCCAACAGGAAGCAGGCCCAUGCCGGGCCGUACCCGGCUGAUUACCGUAAUGUAGGAAGGACUGGUGGGAUUGGUGGAGUAAGCAAUAUGACCUAUGGCUCCCUCGCCCCAGUACCGAGUGUGAUGAACUCAAAGCUGCUUGCACAGGGUGGACCAAAAAACUAUGGUGGAACCAGCAGCCAUCCUCCUAGCACGCUUUCAAACCAGUCCAACCCUUUUGCGAAAUACCAAAUUCGUCCAUCAUCUGCCACAGAGUCACAUACUCGUGCGCCGUCGUCUCCCAUCCAGCCUAACCUGCCAGAAACAGAACACGUGACUGACGAUGAGCAGGAGGAGAGCUGUUCUAGUCAACCCUUGUUAGAUGAAGUGAAGCCGCGGUUGCUGAAAGCAAGAAAUGGGCUCGGUCCCAGCAGGUUUGAGUCUGUCACCUCAAGCGGGUACCAUUCUGACCUAAGCCCCCUGGCCUCUACUCCCCCACCCGACUACAGAAUGGCGCUGGAGGAUGUGACAGAAACUGAUAUUCUGGUUUAGGCAUGAUGGCUGGCCAAACAAACACUGGACAUGGUAUGCUGUUGCAUGCUAUGCUUCCACUAACACUGGACAUUGUUCAAUGCUUCAACUAACACCGGGCAUUGACCAGUGCUUCAACUAACACUGGACCCUAUCAAGGGAGACAAAACUGCUGCUUUCAGUCAGUUGGUAUGCAAAGGGCAAAAUACUCAUUCAUGUUUUCGUUUGUUUGUACUUACAAAGAUGUAUCAAUUUUAUGAAUAGACUCGUAUGUACAGCUCACAUAGGUCUUUAUGUGGAGAUUAUUGAUUGAUAUUUGAAAAUGUUUUUAUGUAUUGAUAUUAUAAUAUUCGUAUAAUAUAGUGAUAUCCUCUUCCUUCUACUUAAGAAAAAACUUUCACUGUCAGAAUUGAAAACCUAUCGCUGCUUACAUGUGUAAAGGAAGUAACGAGACAGUAAAAACUAUCUCCUGCCAGACAGACACAGUGUGAGAAAGGGAAGCAAUCCUAGUCAGUACUAAAACAUAAGUAGACUGUAAAAAGGAAAAGAUAUCCUACUGUGAAUGUGAUUUCGGCUGACAGUAGUUCAACCACACGUCUGUCUGGCUUGGUGAUUAGGCAGUACCAGAUAUUCAAUUCACUUGUUGUGCAUUUAUUAUGGACCAUAUAUUGAACAAAACCUGAAUGAUCCUUGUGUUCAGAUGAUUGUAAUUGAUAGCUUUUAAUGUUCAUGACAUCCUUUGUUCUCCAUUUUGUCAAAGAGAUUAGCUUGAUAUGCUUGAUCAGGUCAUGGAUCUUCCUGUCUUUUGUUGGCAGAAGAGAAUAGGUUUAUGCCGAACUCUUGUCAUAGUGAAUAUAGCACUAUGGACUAGUGAAAAUCCAGUAUUACUUUGUUAAUUUACCAUAUAUAUAUAUAUUUAUAUAUAUAUAUUAAUAUGUAACAUGAUGUAACUCUGCAAGAUGACAUGUUUGAUGUCUUUGUUGAUAUUAUCAUUUUUAAAAUUUAUUGCAAAAGAAACUUGAUCAGAAUUAAUUUGGAUGCCACAGUUCUGUGACAUUUAGUGACACAAUUAGUAGCUUCCUAAACUUUUUUGUAACACCACAUCAUCAUAAUAGCAAUGUGAAGGUGACAUGCCAGACCUGUCAAAUAAUCAAUAGUUCAGAAGUAUGCUUUUGUCACUUUUCUACUGACUCAUAGAAGCAACUUUUAAAUCUUUUUUUUUUUGUUUUGGGAAGUUGUGGUUUUUAAGAUAAAUCUAAUAUUUUUUGGGGGGCAUGAAAAUUAGAAUAUGAUACAGUUCAACCCUAAUUGUAAAUAAAUCACUGUCACCAUUUGUUAAAGAGCUCUAUAGAUUCCAUUAAAUAGGCCAUACAUUAAUUUUACCUUAAGUCUAGCUGAUAGUCCUCUGAUACUGGUACUGAUGAAAAAGACUAACACUUCCUUGAAAUAAAAAGGAAACAUUUGGAAAUUUCUGAAAGACACCCAACUGCUUACAAGUAGCUACAGCUAAAAGAACUAGCUGUUAAUUAGAAAUAGGUUACAAAAAAAUGUUUAUUCAAAAUUUCUCAUUAUGACAUUUUUCUUUGGGGAAACUUGUUUUGUCUGUGAGUGCUCCAUUUUUUUUUUUAAAUACAUCUACAAUGUUUCAGUCACUUCAUUUAUUGAUUUGUUAAGUGCUGGGAAACAACUUAAAAUACAGUAUUCAGAAAAUGAAAAAGAUUUGUUUCAAUGUGAAAAGUGCAAGUAGAUCUAUUGUUACUGUUUUUUACUGCUGUAGCACAAAAAAAUGUUCUUAAAAAGUUUCAUGUAUUUGGAUGUGGAGAUGUCAAAUGUAUUAGAUAUGUUGUUAUGUGUUGAUUGUAUUAGAUGAUUGAUAUUUUAAGUUGCUCAUGGUCUUUUUAGCUCAUGGUUUCAAAAGCAACUCAAAAUGAAAGCUUUUGCUCACUUAGGCUCUGGUCAGGUUUUAAGUUGGCAGUAAGGUGUUGGGUUUUUUUUUUUUAGUGUUUUUUUCAGAGUCGUUUCUCUGUCAGAAAUGUUUUUGUUUCUACAAAUGUAACCAAAUACUAGUGCAAUUCAAUUCCAAUUAGUUACAAAUGUAGGUUUGAAAAAUGCUUCAUAUGUUCGUGUUAAUUUUAGAUCUGGCUUUUUUUAUAGUGUGUUCUGACAUUAGAGUUGGUUGGGUAUAAGAUAGAGAUUGUGGGUAUAGAUAGAGAUUGUAUUCAUUUUAAUGUCUCUUCAAUCAGAUAAUUCAAAUCAGAUAGUGCCAGGGUAAAAUGGAGUUAAAACCAAUCCUCAAUACGUUAGUUUUGUGAAGUCAUGAGUUUAUACUUUAUUACAAUAGACAAAUAUUUUAAUGCAUGCCUUUUUUAUUUAUAGCAAAGGUUUUGCUUUUUUUUUUUGUUCUGUUAGUGGUUUUUGUUUUAUAGAACGAUCUUCUAUUAUAAAGUUCCAUUUUACAUUUUAAUAUUUAUGUUAUAGAAUUAUUUACAGUGAUUUUUAGUUCUAUAUUGUACAAGGCCAACUUUAUAAGUUUAUCUAAUUUUACACUUAUACACGAGUCAAGAUUUUUUUUUACUUUGUAAACAAUGUUUAUUUUUCUAAUCUGUUACUUCUUUUUUUUUUUUUUUUUUUAUAGCAGUCAGUCAUGGUUGUAUUAAUGAGAUCUUUCAAAACUAGACUUCUUAAGAAUAAUAAAUAGAAAAUCUCAUAGACAAUUAAGCUUGUUCAGUUAUCUGUCUGCUUGUCCAUUUGGGAAUAUUUAUAAAUAUUAGACAACAUAGCAAUGACAAUAAAAUGUUUUGUUCGAAUUGAUAGUUGAGAGAUAGUCCUACUUUUGUUUGUUUUAUGAACAUUCUAAUGUUCCUUUUUCUUUUUUUUAAAUCAUGUAUCCCCCCCUCCCAACCCUUUUUUUUUCCCUAAUCCCCCCUUUCCUCCUACCUUAAUAACCAAAUGUACCUACUUUAGUUGUAACCUUUCACCUCAACUUCAGUCCCCUGAGGUCGACUGUUAUUGUUAAGAUACCCCAGCAUUACUUUGACUUGUAACUCUUCUUCAUCUACCUUAGAGGAAUGUUGCAGCUACAAUGGCAGGCAUUGUUGGAGCAAUAUUGGAGCCUUGCCAGGCAUUGUUGGAGCAAUAUUGGAGCCUUGCCAGGCAUUGUUGGAGCAAUAUUGGAGCCUUGCCAGGCAUUGUUGGAGCAAUAUUGGAGCCUUGCCUGGCAUCAUUGGAGCAAUAUUCGAGCACUGUCUGGCAUUGUUGGAGCAAUAUUCAAGCACUGUCUGGCAUUGUUGGAGCAAUAUUGGAGCCUUGCCUGACAUCAUUGGAGCAAUAUUGGAGCUCUGUCUGGCAUUGUUGGAGCAAUCAUGUUAGGUUAUGGCAAGGAGGUAACUCCUCUGCCUUUUUUAGAGCUGAUGCUUAACUCUGGCAUAGAGACUAUACCUCUUAGUUAAUCACCUGCUAUUUAUAGAGACAUACUUACCUAUAUAUAUAUAUAUUUGUAUUUAUUUGUUUCUGUGUUAUUUUUGUACCAUAUGGAAAAUAAUGUCAAUGGUAAAAUAAAAGAAGCUAUUAGCUAUGUUUGUAUGAGUAUACAACAUCAACACAUUAUAUAUUGGUGUACAUAGUGUAUUGGUGUACACAUACACACACAUUUGUUGUGUACAUAGUGUAUUGGUGUACACACAUUCAUACAUUUGUUUAUUCUUUUCUGGAAAAAUGAGUCGAGUUACAAAACACUUUUUCCUGCUUCAUCAACAUUUUGUUUUGAAAGGUUUCUUUUUUUUUUUUUUUUUUUGGUUAAAGAAAGGUCAUAGGUUCAAAGUGUGAAAACACUUUCAACUUUUUUUUAAAACAUGUAAGGAAAAAUUAUUUUUAAAAAUUGUGUUUGGCUAAGAAAUAUUAAUUUGUUACAAAGCGAAUUGAAAAGGAAAAAAAUUACUUCUUGACUGUUUUACUUUUUGGUUGCUGGUCACUUAAAGACUCAUUUUGCUAGAACGGGUAACAGUUUGAUGUAACAUUAAAAUGUAAAUAGUUUUGGUACAUAUUGUGACACACGUUGAUUCAAUUAUUUAUAGGAAACACUGUGAUUGUUCAGAGGAUUGAGAUGGAAUGCUCUCCCCUCCAAAUGGUUUUGCGGAUUCUAAUUGCUGGUUUCACAGCUCCCCACAUCUACACUUUCUCACUUCUGUAGCUUUUUUGUUUUCCUUGUCUUGAAAUUAUUUUUCUUUCUUUUGUUGUACCACUAAGAGCUUUACAAAUAGUUGACAUUUCAUUUCAUGUCCCUGAAUCGGGAAGUCAGAGGUGCAUAACCCAGAUGGUUUACAUUUUGUGCUAAUUCACAUUUACAAAUCUGUACAAUGACUCAUGUUUAGUACUAAAGUGAUUUAUAUUUGUUUCGGUUUUUCUUAGUGUUUUAGUUGAGUUUUUUAAUUUUGUUUUUACAUAUAUUUUUUAGCCAACAAUAUUGUCAGAUGUGUUGAGCUUCACUGUAGUACAAAAGUUUUCUCACUGAACUUAUUUGACAUUUUUUUUUUUACCAGUUUAUAUCUCUCUAUAUAUUUUCAAUCUCAUUUUAUGUUCUUGUUUUUUUUAUGUUUUUAUAAAAGCUUUUUUUUUUUUUUUUUUGUCUUUUUAGCAUCAGUGGAUUAAAAAGAGUCUAGUGUAGUGAGCGUAUACUGUAAUGUUUUGAUAGGUAUUUUUUGUUUGUAUAAUUCUUGUUCUGAAUGACUUUUAAAAUAGAUUUGUCCAAUCAACAAUAAAGUUUUAUCAUUUCCUAUGGGAAAUAGGCUUGAAAUCUUUGUUUUAGAAUAGAUGUGCGCACUUUUGGGGGGGGGGGUGUUAAUGACAUUACUUAUUGGCUCUCAUCCCUUUAAAGUUGUCAGCUUUUUUUUCUUAGACCUUCUAAUAAUAAUAUCUUUCCCACUCAGGGCUGGAUUUAUGGAAGGGUAAGUAGGGCUACAGCCCAGGGGCCCCUGCAAAAAAAGGGCCACCACAUAGUUAUAUCUGGCCCUCUUCCACAGACCACAGCAGUUUUGAUGACAUAAUGAGGACCUCAUCAGUCCUUUGACUUUCAUUGCACAGUGACAGUUUGUGUCACCAAAUCCCUCUACUUUUUCUGGCCUUUAGCCGUCAUUAGCAGAAUAUUAAGAGAGGCUGGUCCAUUCUUUCACGUUGUCCAUCCAACUUUUCUUUGGAUGGCAUUCUCUUCAUGUUUUUUUUUCCCUGACUUUUAAAAGUGAGUCAUGUCUUAUUUAAAUGAUCACUAGAUGAGAAACAAUGUGGUCUUUGAACUUUAGUAUAUCCCUAAACUUUUAAGUUUUUAAACCAGGUUAUAGCUGAAUGAGUUUUUUCCAUUGUUUUUAGGUUUAUUAAAUUGAAGUCUUCUGGGUCUUAUCAUGCUAGAUCAACAUUGUUCAAUUUAUUCUCUUUGAUAUCUUUGACGUCACAUUGUGUUGGAUCAAAUUUGUUCUGCUUAUUCUCUGAUACAAACAAAUAAUGUGUACAUUACAAAUGCGUGCUGAUAGGGGAGACUUGUGUACAGGGCCAGAGACAUUUCAAUCACUGCAGGGAUGGUCUGAGAGAACUAGGUUACUGGAUCUUGUAUUGAUGUCAAUAAAGUUUUAAACACAGA